CGCGGAGCCGCUGAGCGCGCACACGGAGGCACGCUGCUGAUCGCUGAUCACUGAUACUGACUGAUUGAUCAGUCCAUCUGAAGCUCGUGCGCGAGGAGGCGCGUUCAGGUUCCGUGAUGCGCCGCUCGUGCGUAAAACCGCGCGAACCUCCAACAGUAAAUGAGAAGAAGGAGAAGUCAGCUGAUCUGAGGAGGAGACUUUGAUUUGACAGCUGAGCGCGCGGACAGGUGUGCGCUCCUCUGAGGUGUGAGCGAGCAGGUAGAGCUGCACCUGCUCCACCCCUGUGGAGCUGCUCCGCCCUCCUCGGACUCAGAGCAUCGCGGUGUCUCACGUUCUCUUGAAACAUGGAGAACGUGUCGGUCCCGGGCGCGCCGCCUCCGCUCUGUAACGACUCUGUGCUGCUGUACUCGCCCACGGGAAACCGCUCUGACCUGAACUGCACCCCUCCCUUCUUCGCUGACCUUUAUGUCAUCCUGCCCGUCAUCUACUCCGUGAUCUGUGCCGUGGGGCUGACGGGAAACACCGCCGUCAUCUACAUGAUCCUCAAAGCCCCCAAAAUGAAAACGGUCACCAACAUGUUCAUCCUGAACUUGGCCAUCGCGGACGACCUGUUCACUCUGGUGCUGCCCAUUAGCAUCGCCGAACAUCUGCUCAACUACUGGCCCUUCGGGGAGGUCCUCUGUAAGGUGAUCCUGAGCAUCGACCACUACAACAUCUUCUCCAGCAUCUACUUCCUGACCGUGAUGAGCAUCGACCGCUACCUGGUCGUCCUGUCGACCGUGAGAUCCAAGCGCAUGCCUUACCGCACCUACCGAGCGGCCAAAAUCAUCUCGCUGUGCGUGUGGAUCCUCGUCAUCCUCAUCGUCAUGCCCUUCACGGUGUUCGCCGGCGUCUACGUGGACCCGGCUGAUGGCAGGAAAACCUGCGUGCUCAGCUUCCCGAGCCCCGAGCCCCUGUGGUUCAAAACCAGCCGCAUCUACACGCUCAUCCUCGGCUUCGCCAUCCCCGUCUCCACCUUCUGCAUCCUAUACACCAUGAUGCUGUACAGGCUGAGGAACAUGCGGCUCAACAGCAACGCCAAGGCACUGGACAAGGCCAAGAAGAGGGUCACCGUCAUGGUCUUUGUCGUCCUGGCCGUGUGCCUGUUCUGCUGGACGCCGUUCCACCUCAGCACCAUCAUAGCGCUGACCACGGACCUGAGGACCACGCCCCUGGUCAUCAUGAUCUCCUACUUCAUCACCAGCCUGAGCUACGCCAACUCUUGCCUCAACCCGUUCCUCUACGCCUUCCUGGACGACAACUUCAGGAAGGCCUUCAAGACGAUGCUGGAGUGCAGCUCGGCCUGAGCACCUGCAGCGCAGAGCAGGACCACCUGGGGGCGGACCUCCGUGGUGGCAGUGUGCUCUGGUAGUGUCAUUAUGGGAACAAUAAGCUGCACGCUGAAAACUCUAAUCUGUUUCCAUGUAAACCCUAAAUGAGCUCUGAGACUGAAGCUUUCUUUGACUUUUCACAGAUUCUCUCUGGUCUGUGAUGGAUCAACAGAGGGGCGGGGUUUGAUUUAAGCCCUCCCCUCUGAUUCAUCACUGAUUGUUUAAUGUAAAUAUGUAAUCAUAAGUAGUGGACGCUCACCCCACGCCCUGUCGUGGAUGUGCUAAACCCCUGAGUGUGGAAUUAUUUGUUUGGAUGUUGUUGUGAUGGUUUGUGUGAUUUUCUCACUCAGAGCGAGUGUGUGGCUAACAGGAUUAGCUCUGCAGCCACACCUUCCUGUGGGACCCACUCAGUUCUUACUGUGGACUCUUCCACACCUCCACAGCUGAGACCAUGCAAAUUAAAAACACACAAAGAGUUUUAUUAAACAAUGAGCCAGCAAAACACGCGAAGUGCUCUUGGUGACUGGCACGCCGUUUCUCCUCCACGUGAAACGCAGAAGUUUCCCCGGGACUGUUUCAGCCGCGUCCAGGACGAAGCUCUCUGAGGGAACAGCUGCUCCCAUUAUUACUGACACCAGCUUUGGGAGUGAGCUUCAAAUACACCUGGAUUUUUUUAAAAAUAGAAAGAAAUCAGGCAGGUAACACACACACAAGUACUCGCACACACAGAGCAGGUGGGGAGGGGGGGGGGGGGGCCUUCUCUGGGUGGAGGUUGAACAAACGUGUGCUCGUCUUCAGAAAAACAUCUGACGUUUUUAUGAAGGUGUAAAAAAUCCAAUUAGGAGGCAGCGAGCUGUGACCUCUGAGCACCGUGACCCUUCAGGGGCGUGGCUUGGCCCUCUGGGAGCACCAAACAUCAAUACACAGGCUGUCAAUCAAAUCCUGAGGAGGCGGGCUGUGAUAUAUAUACGUGUCCCCGUGUUACUCUAACCCUAAGCUGGUAUUGAAAUGGGAAAUGAGGUUUUCCGGUCACAUGUUUCUGAGGCGCUCACCCCCCCCCCACACACACACACACACUGACUGCAGGAGCGCUGCUACAUCUGCUCUGAUCUGUGAGUCUAUGCUGCCCCCUGCUGACCACAGGGCAGCAGCACAGCACCUUGUAACAGGUAUAUAUGCGCACACACACAGGUACCUGCAGUUCAUACAGGCUGCAAGCAGCAGACUGAGCAGCAGAUGAAGGUCUGCAGAGAGACGGAUCAGAUCACAGAGUGAAGCAGCUCAUUCAAAUCUGGUCGCAGCUACAAACUGAUUAUUAUAAAUACAUUUUUAAAUGACGUUUGGAGCAGAGUUUCCUCUGUCGCUACUUUCUGCAUAUUUGAUGUUAUUUUAUGAGCAACAUUCAUCUUUAAUGUAACGUUUAGUCUCGUGUCUUUGGAGAUAAGUUGUGGAGUAACUUGUGAAUACUCCAGAACUUCCACUGUGUGACUUCCUGCUCCCUGGUGGGAAACAGACACUUGUGAAAAAUCCAAGGCUGGAACUCGUCUGACCCCUUCUAUCAAAACCACGCUGAAAAAUAUGAACCUGUUGGAGUUUAUGUGGUUGUUUUGCAGCUUGACAGCGCCCUAUGGAACAGGAAGUACACGCAGUGGGAACUCUGGAGUACAUAAGAUUUUCUCUGUGUAAAUUUUGGGGGCAGUAAGCAGAACGCACUGGGCAUAUUUAUUCACUCCACAGUUCAGAGUGUGGGGAUGCUGGUGUGAUUCCCUGGGUUUGGGACUUUUCUGUCAUGUAACCUGUUCUUGUUAUUUCACAGUGUGACAGUAAAGUACUCGGUACAAUGUGCCAACACAGCGGUGUGUCGUCACUUUCUUUAACCUCCUGCUUUAUCAGAUAAAUGAUGAGAUCUUCUGAAGGCUUCGUGUGCACGUUCUGACAACAACAACAUGCUGUAAAUAACCCGUCUCACUCUACAGAUGAAUGUAAAGUCAUAACUAUGUAAAAUCUAAUGUUCUCUCACACAGAAAUCAUCAUUUCUCAUGCAGCCUGUAAAAAAAUGAACUCACAUUUUAU